CCUGCAGAUGCAUCGCACCAGUAUCGGGCCAUCGACCACGCUCCGGUGGUACUUUCAGUUUCGUUCGCGGCGGAAGGACGGUUCCUUCGCCCGUUAGGUACCUUUUCCGAAAAAAGAUCGCGAAGUUAAUUUUUUUUUGCUUGUGAAAAUUGUCUCCAAAUUUCUGCCUUUUCUCAGUUAAUCUCUUGUGUUGGAAAACCAUGGCUUCAUUAUAUCAGGAUAUUUAUCUGCCGGUUAUAUCUUGGAAGUAGAGCGGAAGGUUCUCCAAAGUACAAUGAAACAAGACACCCUUCACACUCAUUCUUCCGGCAAGAAAUCUAGAAGUUUUUGUUCGUCAACGUCACUUUGCCCAAAAUGACCCGAUGGGUGGGCGAACGCCCAAAAAUUCCACCAGGCCCUCCUGAUCCCAAUACAAUCACUGAUGAUCCACUGGCUGCUUUAGGGCUUACCACAUUAAGGGGGAAGAGCCGAAGCAAGGAACAGGUUUAUUCAGUUAGCCGAAUAAAUCCGCUCUUCAAUCUGCACUCGAGCCACAUGCAAUGUCAAAACUCCUCUGCCAGCAAUUCCUCAACGGGCCUCAAAGCUUUCAAGAGUUGCAAAAACCAGUUCAAGCAGGAUGACAAAGAUUCCCUGCGAUCUCACACGAACUCUAGUGAAUACUCUUCCAUACCCAUGCGGGAAAAGACUCCGGAAAUCGACUAUGAUGACGGCUCACUACCUAGAGAAGCUCCUGCUUCCGAUUAUUUUCAAGCCAAUCAUUACAGUCACGAUCUGCCCCGGGGCCAAUCAGAAAGUUCCUCAUUUCUGGGAGGGCGGAAGAUGCAAGUUCGCGAUAAAUCCACUAGUUCCGGCUAUGGAGGCAGCAAUGGCGGGAGCAGCGUGGAUCAUGGGUUCCAUGAACGACUAAGACCGGUGGAAGAAGCUGGAGUGGUUCUGGACCAGAACUCGGCCUUCGUUAAGUCCAUUCGAAUCGCUGGAAGAGGGCUGAAGCCGAUAAAAUCAGUGCCAUCGCAACAUUCUUCUUCGUCGGGCGGCGGUACUUUAUCAACCAUCCCCGAAGGGAAAGUUGAUGUACCUGUACCUCAGCCCAUCUGGCCAGGUUAUCUGCCUUUGGAUCACAGAAAUUUGCUCAAUAGCUGCGUCUACGACUCAUUGGUCGAUGAAGCGUUGCUUCUCUAUACCAAUCUGGGCCACCAACAUCAACUAGCGGAUCAUCAAAGUGGCCUGGAGAAUUAUUUAGAAGUGUCAGUCGAAGAUUUGUUGAUGGAUCUUUUGGCCAGUAUAAACCGGACAUUGAAAGGAGAGAGUGGCUGUCCAGAGGAAAUGCUCAAAGUAAUCAACGAAAAGAUCAAACUGAAGCUGGACGCUUUGAAGAAUAACACCGAGGACGAAAUGCGCAGGCUUUGUGUCAAUUUGAGUAACAAUAGAAAAGUUAAUUCAGUCAUAAGGGCCUUCAGUCACAGCUCGUCCAGCGGUCGGUCGUCUCCUAGUGGCCGAGUGCGAACAUCCAGUUCUAACGACGAAGAUAUUUACCACAUUCCAUCGGGUUCUUCCAGUAGUGGAUUCAGCGAUAGUCCGCCUGGUCAGCGAAGAACCACCACGUUGCUGUUACCACAGCUACAUGGAUGGAAACCAUCGAUUCUGCCGUCUCGCUACUGUGAGCACGACUCUACCUUAACUAGAGGCAUCAGAAACGCUCUGAUCUAUGGCACUCUUGGUCGACAUAAAAUUACGUCAAUCAACCAAAGUUUAUGUUGUCAGAAACCAAUGAGCGAAGAAAAUCAGGACAGUUUGGCUGCCCGGGAGGAAACAGUGCUUCACAUGUGCGACAGCGGCGAACAGAAACAAAAUUUGAUGGAAAAUCGUUUUUCGAGUGCCAGAAACAUAGUGACCGGUUUGAAAAGUUUCAACUGUGAUAGAAAUGGUGGUGUGGUGAAGGGGGGCAGUUUGCCCAAGGGUGGAUUGUUAAAGCAUCAGGAUGAUCGGCCCAGUGUAUGGCAACUUUACUAUGGAAUGAAAGCGGAAGGCAGCAAACAGUAUGGGGAAGGAAAGCCUACAGAUGUUCCUGUUUUUCCUGGUGGACGCCCGGAGGCCGACUUUACACUGGACGUGCCCCGAUCCGAAUUGCUCUCCAAACGUCUUCGCGAAGACAAAAAAUGGAGAUUUCGAUGUCGCGUACUCACCUCCUUCCUCGGCCUGGUGUUCUUCCUGCUUUCUGUGAUGGCUGUAAGCAUGAUUCUGACCAGAGGCAAACGAAUGUUUGGAAGCAUGGUAUAGGCACGGAUGGAUUUCUAGUACAACGAAUAAUUCAGGAUUUUCAUAGGUUUUAAUUUUAGUCUUUGUGAAAGCGUUUUGAAUAUGUAAACAGUGUCGCAGCUGCCUGUUAAGGCCGAUUAUGAUUGGUAAGAGUACCUACUUACAAAGACUUUGCACAACGUAAUAAUGUAAAAUCUAAUCGACGUUAACUUGCCAAUGUGAAGAAACACGGAAUAUACAGGGUGGUUCGUUUAGAGUGCGCAGUUUCUUAAGUGCGGAUGCUGCAUACUAACACGCGUUCAUCUAGUUUAACAUAUGUACAAAGGAUGUAAGUGUUGCAGAUUUACAGGAGUUUUGAGGAUGGAAUCGCAAAUCAUCCAAAGUCAAAAAAACAUUGAGUAUGGCACUGGCAAUAUUUGUUUGUAGUCAAAACAUCUUAAGCUAUAAAUGAAGCGAAAAAUGUACAAUUUGUUCUUAUUUCUCUUAUCAGAAUUGCAAUUGAUGAAUUUAGGUCUGCUGUUCUGAAUUCCAUUCAACGUUUUUACCUCGUUUAUGACAUUCCUCGAGUUAUUCUGGCCGUUUUCAAGCGGCAAUUCAUGAAAGAAGUUUAGAAGAAUUCUCACUCUAAAUAUGUAAACUUUGUUGAAUAGAAUUUUUCUCAUUCUUCUUUCGCUUGGUUCUAGAGUUUGUCACUAAACUCCUUGAACAGUUUCUGUUCAUGCAAGUUAUUCUCCAUUAAUAACAAUUUUAAAUUAUGCUACUUGCGAUAUUUUAACGUAAAUCUCACAAUAAUACAGGGUGAUUUGUACGAGUGGCCAAUUUUUGAACUGGUCUAGCUUAAUUUGGGCCCAGAGAAAGCAAAAUCGGGGAUUUUGUUGCCAAAGUUAAACUUCGUAAGUGCAAUUAUUUUUUUUGCACACUUUAACAGCACAACAGAAAUUAUUAUAUACGAUUUCCCAUAAUGAAUGGAAGAUAGCGAAACACCGAUUCCUGGAAUAAAAACAACUGAACUUUAUGAGAAAUUUUACAUAUAUUCAAAAAUUAUAUUAUAUUUGGAAAAUUUAUCGUGGGACAACUUGUAGCAUCAUAUACACAACAUUGUAUACACAACUAAAUCAGGGUGUCCCAAUGAAGUAGCGCCAACUCCCGAUUAUAAACGAAUUUUUCUAAAAACUUAAGUCUUGAUGUCUCAUAUUUUUUCCUUAUUUUUCCAAUAAUAGUUUAUCUGCUAGUGCUUGAAUUUGACUGUUUAUCGUGCUCUUUAUUAAGACUAGUCCGAAUUUUGUUUCACAAAUUGAUCCGUUUCUGUAAAGGCUAAACAUUUGUUCACAGGAAAAUUCCGUUUAAAUCGUACAACUAAUUUAACUGAUUUUCAAAUCUAGCAUUUCUCGAAAAUUCUUCACUCUUAAAAUCGAGAACGAAUGUGUAUUUUGGUCUUAUAGUCAAAUUUGAUUAGAUGUUAAGUUUAUAUUCAUUAAAGCACUUUGAAAAAUCGAGAUUAUUAGUUAUUUUCCUUACAGAAACUUAUUUAAUUUUCCAUCUUGAUUUUCCAUCUUGAAUCUUAAAGCAGUAAAAGUAAUGUUUGGGAAUCAUUUACAAUCAUGCAAAUCUAUCUGAAAAUAUUUUCAAUCUUAUUAGAGGAAAUUGUUGUCUAAUAAACAUGAAAAUUGAAAGCAAUAAAAACACAAUUAGUGCGUUUUUAGUUGCAAUAUUUCGCAUCGGUUUUUGGACAAAAAAGGUAUGAUCGGAAUCGACUACUUCGGAAUACGUACUUGGAGAUACACUUUGAAACCCUUGUAUUGUUAUCUUAUGAGGCGAUUGCUGCGGCACUGUUAACUCAUAUAAUCGAUUUAUUGUUUUUGUAAUGGACAAACUGCCUUAUUCCGUUAUUGUACUUGUGAUGUGAUUAACGAUUCUGUAUAACGAGUGAUUAAGUAUUUAUUAUUGAAAAUUGUAUUUAUAAUAAAUAAAUAACAUUGAUUAAUAAAUUUACUUUCCGUUCUUAAUUUUUUAAAAUAAACGUUCGGAAGAGGUAUUUCGUUUUCAAUAUUUGUAACUUUCCAUGUCCACUUUGGACGUAUUGAGUACAACUAUUCUACAAAUUUUAUCCUAUACUUGGGAUCAACAAAUGCAAUACUUAUAAUACGCUUGCUUCAUACUCAAAGUACUAAAAAGUGCACUGGAUGAAAUUUAUAGAAAAUGUUUUGUAUCGUUGGUUUAUAAAAUCAAAUGGCUAGAAGUAGUCUCUUCAAAAACUAUGGCCAAGAGCUUGCAAAAAUCGCAUCCAUAUUAAGGCCCCUAAAAUGCCGACGUUCGAAUUUCACUCUGUAACUGUCCCAAUAGCCAAAUUUUAUUUGAUUUUUAAUUUCCUUGUAAAUUGAUAUCGUCCGGUUUUACUUUUUUCCAUUUUCUCUUCACCAAUUUGUCUUGUUUAUUCAUUCACAAAAUACGACACUGUUAGAUUUAUUUUUGGCUCUACUUCUACUUUCCAUAAUUUCUAACUGGUUUAAGAAGAUGGUUUUGAGAUGGUUUUGAGAUGGUAUGAGACACAAUUACACUUUUAAUUUUUGCAUUGUCACACCAUUUAUUUUAGGCAAUUAUUUCAACUUUAAGAUUGAAGAAUUACUGUAUACUGUGAUCACCUCAUUUUUCUUUAAUGUUGUGGUAAUUUCUGACUGAUAAGGGGAAAGAAAGAACACAUUUUUUCCACACAAUGUAUAUAAAAUACGAUAAUUCCCUUCCUGCUUUCAAUAUAUUUACUUAUUUUGA